AUGGUGACCGGGGACCAAACCAGGUGUCAAGGACGUGGGAGGGAAGGCAGCAUUGGACCCAAGUGGAAGCUGGAACUUGUGAGCGUGAAGAUGACCGUGGAAGAGCAGCUCAGCUUCCUGACCCUGUGUGCUGACAUCAAGGCCACUGACCCAACUUGGACCCUCUCCCAUGCAGAAGGGAGGAAGAGCAAGCGGAGGGUUCGUACCACCUUCACCACCGAGCAGCUGCAUGAGUUGGAGAAGAUCUUCCACUUCACCCACUACCCAGACGUUCAUAUCCGCAGCCAGCUGGCAGCCAGGAUCAACCUCCCAGAAGCUCGGGUGCAGAUCUGGUUCCAGAAUCAGCGAGCCAAGUGGCGGAAGCAGGAGAAGACUGGCAGCCUUGGGGCUCCACAGCAGCUGAGUGAAGCCAGCGUGGCCCUGCCCACAAAUCUGGAUGUGGCUGAGCCCAUGUGGACAUCCACUGCUCUGCACAGGCUGGCUCCUCCCACAAGCUGUUGUCCAUCGGCUCAAGAUCAACUGGCCUCUGCCUGGUUUCCUACCUGGAUCACCCUCCUCCCAGGGCACCCAUGGGACACACAGCCUGUCCCAAGUCCUCCCAUCCAUCAAACUUGCAUCCCUGUGUUAUGCAUCCUUCCACCUCCACGCCCCAAAUGGGGCAGCAUCUGUGCUACUUCAACAUAGAUUGGACAUCCUCUCCCAAAUGAGCCAUUUUCCUAUCUAGGUGAAGGCAGGUAGCAGAUGUGCCCUGGGCCUCUGGGGGAAUCGAUCUCACAAUCCAAAAAUGGUCCACAGCCCAGGAAGCUACCCUGAACAUGCCGGUUGGAAAGCUGCACCAGACCCGAAAGCAAAGUAAACAAUAAAGGACAGCUCUCGUCUCUCCUGGCUAAAGCUGCUCUCCUGGUUCAGAAGACAGGCUGGAUGAGAUCUCAGGCUGAGCUCCGAAAUGGGGAGGUAAUCCUCCAGCACCUGUGCUUCCUCUAACUUGCUGUGUGACCUCCAUCAGGUCACUUACCCUUUCUGGAGCUCAUCCGUAAGAGGAGCCAGCUGGAUAAGAUGAUUUCUGAAGACCCUUCCACGGUGGGCACCAAGGCACAGAGGAGGCCAAGGAGAGGUUGUUUGUUCACGCAUGCGUUCAUCCAUGACACAGGAGUACCUACUGAGGACUCCAUAAACAGAACAGGAUGUAGAAAUAAACAAUUUGGGUUCUGUCCACGUUUGUCAAAGGGUGGUUCUGCCCCACCUCUGAAAGCAGAAUACUUGCUCAACGACCUUGCUGUUGGCCCAAAUCUAACACAUUCUUUAUGACUGUGAGCAUCUCAGAGUGAGAGAAAAAUGCAGAAAGUUUUUAAAAUUCUGAACAGGAUUUAGUGUCUUUCGUUAUCUCGUUGGAUGGGGAAGGGAUGUUGUCAUUUCUGGCACAGAUGAAAAGUAGAACGGUAAGCUCUGUUCGUUCAGUUUAUCUUUCUAGGAUAUACGAAAAGGGACCAGCUGGAAGACCAGCCUCACUCUGUCCUCGAAAGCCUAAGCUUUCAUUCAACUCCCUAUUUCCAUGCAAAGACCCUGGGCAAACCACAUGUUCUGUCUGAGCCUCAGUUUUCCUAUCUGUAAAAUGAAGGUAGCCUGGCUUGCCUCAAAGAGUGUUCAGGAGGCUCUGAGAGGACAUGAGUGUACUUUGCAAAGUGAGGGCGAGGCCCAGUGUGGAGUGAUAUCGUUAUUCCAAGAUUCCACUGCAAAAGUGGCUGCUUUGGAUCCCAGCCCAGGAUGAGUAGUUCCUGCUCUCAGGGAGGUCAUCCGCUGAGUGUCCCUUUUGCACAGGUGUCUCUGAUUCUUGUCCUUGCAGGUGAAAGACAGGGCCUGCUCCCCUAAGCUGGGAAGCCUGGAAUGACCUCUUGCACAAGCCUAAAGUAAAUUCCAGGAAUCUUCCCCAAAUCCCAGAUCGUCUGCAAUCUACCUGCACCCCUGACCCACCCAGGAGUUGGACCGGGAGUUGGGAAGCCUAGGUCUUAGUCCUACACUCCUUCUAAUUUGCUGUGUAACCUUACCAUUAACCUCUCUGGGCCUCAGUUUUCUCAUCUGCUUUGGAGGUAGCAAGGCUAGCUCUGCCUUCAGGCAUGCAAUAUGCCAGAACUACAGACAACAGCCCACAGGAUGCAAAAGUGCUUUGCCAUCUUAAAAGUGCCAGAUCACCCAGAGUCUAUGAAUGUGGAUAUCAACACCAGGUCUCUAGCACCGCUGGAUGAAAGGAAAGGCUGGAGGCUGAGGGAGGAAAGAGCAGUUAACAAACAAAGGCAGUAGCUCAUCACUUGGGUAGCAGGUACCCAUUUUAGGACCCUAAACUCAAAUGCACAAAAUAAAAUUUCUAUCAUUUUGUUAUAA